AUGUUUUCGCUUAGCCGAUUCGCCGGCCGCAUUCAAUGUGUCAGCAUGGCAGCCAAAGUUGCAGCGUUAAUCAUGAUCAUAGGAAUCGGUUUAUUCUACAUGAUAUUUAAAGGCGACACUCAACACUUCAGCAAGGACUACAUCUUCAAAGACAGCGACUGGUCAGCUACUCAAAUUGUGCUUGCGUUGUAUCAAGGAAACUGGGCCUACGGCGGCUACACAAUUCUCAACUACGGCAUGGAGGACAUCCAGAUAAAGAAUUUCAAGAUUCCGGUAGCGGUUCUAAGUGGUCUCUUUGUCAGUGCAUUUAUAUACGUGUUGGCAAAUGUGGCAUAUUUUGCUGUACUCACACCUCAACAGAUACUUGAUUCCUCCGCUGUCGCAACGGUACCGUUU